CGACAAUAUCUAUUACAGCCUGACAAUCGAGAAUGGGUAACUGCAAUUGAGGCAGUUAACUCUACUGGAUGGGCUCUGCCUUCAUAUGUGAUUUUCAAGGCAACAAAAUACUUUCAAGAAGGCUGGUUUGAGAGUCUUCUAGAUGACUGGAGAAUCAAUAUCAGUGAUAAUGGAUGGACUACAGAUAAGAUUGGAAUGGAUCGGCUUAUUAACCACUUCAUUCCUCUUACUACUAGCCGUGCGGUUGGAAGAUUUCGGAUGCUUAUUCUUGAUGGCCAUGGAAGUCAUUUGACUGCUGAAAUCGACCGUACAUGCACUGAGAAUAAUAUUAUUAUAAUAUACGUUCAAUAA